GAUAUGUUAAGCAGAGGGAAAUUCCAAUAAUAUUAGACAGCCAUUUUCUUAAAUUGAAAAGUGAAAGAAAAUAUAAUGUAAAAGAAUCAUGGACAGAGAAGACCGAAGACAUUUCUUUGUUAUUGGGUCUGUUAUUCUUGAGGUCAUUACUCCAGUGUUUAGAGAUAAGCUGGAGAACAAUUACACUAACCAUGGGGUAGGAUGCAUUAAAGAUUAUUUAAACAGUCAGCCAGUGGUCCAUACCCUGUUCCAUUUAAGACACAGAUACAUGAGGUGCUGUAAAGACAAUGGUAACUGUACAAGCAACCCAACUCUUCCAAUCACUUACUGCCAAUGGGACCUGUUGUAUACAGAAAACCCAGGGCCAGGUCAACAUUACUGUUACUGUAAAUAUACAGCUAAACCUGUCCAAUUGGAGGAUCUUGACAUCACCCUUGCAGGCCUUAUUCUUCUUAACUGCUGCACUCUGGCGCCAGCCGAACAACAUGCAAUAAAGAUGCUACGGCAGUACAAGAAUGAUUACUUAAGCCACAACACAAAAUGUGGCAUAACAAAACAUGAAUAUGAUGCAUUGUGGCCACAUCUCACACGUUUUGUCCUACAACUUGAUCCAAACAAACAAGAUGAACUGGUCAGAAUAAAGAAUAGACCAAUGGAUGAACCACUUUGCACCAAAUACUUCAUUGAUCUUUUGGAUGUUCACAAACAGCUAGAUCAGAUUAGACUAACAGUUCAAGAGCUGAAUUCUACAUUUCAAGCAUUAAGCACAACAGUUCAUGGACUUGAUAUUUCAUUACAAGGAAUAGGAUGGAAUAUGCAUGGAUCAUUCCAGGGAGUGAACACAAGUUUACAAGUAAUACAGACAUCAAUGAAUAAACUUCUCUACUAUGCUGAAAAAGGAGUAACUUGUACAUGUCAAAGAGAAAAUCUUGAUAUCCAAAGACAAGAAAGAAAAUCCUACAAACUAGGACAAGAUAUCUUCUAUCAAAUUCAUCAAUUUACUACAUUAUCUACCAGUACAAGCCAUCCAUUAAACAAAGCUGUGAUAAUAGAUGAUAAACAUGUGGCCUAUAUACAAUUUGCAAAUUAUUCAGUUGAGAUUUAUAAUACAGAUGGUUCAAAUGUUGGUAAAAUACCACUACAGAGUUGGCCGUGGGAUAUUACUGUUGUCAACAACUCUACAGUAGCUGUUACACAGCCUAUCUGUCACAGGGUAGACAUAUGGGACAUACACAAUACACAGAAAGUGAAAUCAAUAAAAAUAUCUCUACCAUGCUUUGGCAUCACAACUAUAAACAACAAGUUAGUAGUAGGCUGUAAAAGAAGAUUGUUGAUCAUAGAUCCUCAGACAGAGAAAGUGGAGAAGACCAUUGUUACUGAAGGUAACUCUCUUUUCAGACUGUGUGGUUCUGGUGAUGGUAUAUUUUACGGAAAUGUUAGUAGUUAUUACCUGUACCAUUACAGUCACUCUAAUAACAAGAUUUCCAAAGUAAAGUUACCAUCAAAGCCCUGUGAUAUGACCAUUCUACAAGAUGGCAGUGUGUAUGUGAUAUGUGGGGAUAGAUCAGUACUACAUGUGUCAUCUGAUGGAGAGAAAUAUAAAGAAGUUACUACAAAGGGAUUGAGAACACAAGAAGGGUUUCCUGGAAUAAAUUAUAAUCUGGUACAAAAGAAACUGAUCAUUCUAGGUGGGAACUCAUUAAUAACAGUGUUUAACGAAUGCUGAUUUAUUCUAGGAUUAAAAAAUUGAGUAACAAUAUUUCCUAAAUUUUCAUCCCAAUGAACUAGUUACUGCAAGUUUAGGGUGAAUGUGAGAGGUCUUGUGAGAGGAUAACUAACUAUAUACUAUUCAUCCUUUAUCUUAACUCUGUUAACUGAAUUUGAAUACCAGUAAGAAAGUUUUAAGAAUGAUGACAAAGUCAUUCAGUAAACAUGUAAACAUAAAUUUGGUUUUCUCGUUUACUAGGUUCCUCAUUGCAGCACCAGUAUUAGCCCUUUUUAAAUCACUAUUUGUUCUAGACAAUAUUAAGUCUGUACAAUAUCAUAGUAUAUUACAUAUACAGGACUUCACAGUUAGUAGAACAAGAACAAAGAAAGUAUAUCUAAUUAAAAUCAUUAAGGUAGAUGUGUUUUAUUAUGGUAUUGCAAGAAUUGAAAGUACAAUAGUACGAGUCAAACAUAAUUUAUAAUUUUUUAGGAAUUUGACAGAUUUCAGAAUGUUGAUAUGUUUAUGCUAAAUACAUGUUUUCUUUUA